AUGGCGACUGCUAACACUGUUUCGGCGAUGGAAGACACUGAGUUUGGGUUUAAACGGCCGGAGAUGUACAGCACCAACAUCGCCAACUCCAUUACUCCGUACGGUCGCCAUGUUUUCGUGCAUUACAAGACUCCUGAAGCUUGGCCCUUCAACGUAGAAGAGGAAGGUCAACCACAGCUUUUCGCUAAGUUGCUCAAAAGUCGCAAAUCUGAACUCCCUGUUCAGACGAAGCUGAAUGCAUGCGAAGGUGAUGGAUCCGAUGGAGAUGUGUUGAUCUUUCCGGAUAUGGUCAGAUAUAAGGGGCUUAAGGAUGCGGACGUGGAAGGUUUCUUUGAAGAUGUUAUUGUGAAUGAAAAACCAUGGAGAUCCGGGGAACCAGAAAAGUUGUCUGGAACAUUUGUAUUUGUGUGUACCCACUUUAAUCGGGACAUGAGAUGUGGUACUUGUGGACCUGUCAUCUUAGCGAGGUUCAAGCAGGAGAUUGGCACUCGUGGGCUAUCAGACCAAAUCUCGCUCAGGCGCUGUUCUCACGUUGGACAGCACAAGUAUGCUGGUAACAUAAUCAUCUUCAGUCCUGAUUCAGCUGGAAAGAUUCUUGGCAAUUCGUAUGGCUAUGUAACUCCUGAUGAUGUUCCGGAAUUAAUUGACCAGCAAAUUGCAAAAGGAGAAAUCAUUCAUAAGAUUUGGAGGGGCCAAAUGGGCUUAUCCAAAGAAGAAGCUGAGAAAGUGGUACCAAAGGGUAACCGCGGAGAAGGGGGAUGUUGUCAAGGAUCAAGUGGUGUUUCAUGCUGCCAAGAACAGCAAAAGCCAAUCUAG